AUGGAUUCCGAAGUUUAUGAAAUACUAGAAACAUGUGGUGAAGGUACUUUCGGUAUUGUUUACAAAGCAAGACAAAAGUCAACUGGAACCCUUGUUGCAGUCAAAAAAGCGUUUGAGGUUAGAUACGAAAGACCAGCGCGGGAAAGAAUAGCGAACGAAAUAAAAAUAUUACGUUCUGUUGAACAUGAAAACAUCAUAUCAAUAUUUUCAUCGGAUGGAACAUACAAAUUCGUAGAUUCUUCGUCACGCAUCCUCUUUUGUAGUGACGAAACAAAUAAGACAUCAAUUAUAUUUCCAUAUUGUCCUUUAACUUUGAAAGAUUUAUUGGAGAACUAUGUUCUCACAUUUUCAGAAAAAAAAUCUUGCAUUUGGAUGAUACUCAAUGGUGUCGCUCAUAUUCACGAGAGUGCCAUCAUACAUCGAGAUUUAUCACCUAGGAACAUACUGAUUAAUGGAAUAGGAGUAGUAAAGAUUGCGGACUUUGGAGUUGCGUGGGCAGAUACGAACAACAAUUUCGAACCCAGAGGUGAAAUGAAAUUUGAGGUGGGAACGAGGCAUUAUCGUGCGCCGGAACUUUUAUUUUCUGCUGGAAAUUAUACCAAUGUAAUCGAUUUAUGGUCCCUUGGAUGCAUAUUCGCAGAAUUCUAUACGAAACCUGUUGGUUCACCCCUGUUUGAUGGCGGAAGUGACAUCGAACAAUUGAGCAAAAUAUUUCGAGUAUUAGGUAUUCCCACCGAGAAAAGUUGGCCUGAAAUGAAAGAUUUUCCGGAUUAUGGAAAGUUGACAUUUAAGAUAAAGGAGUGUUUGGGUUUAACGGAACUACAAUUGCCCGAAGCCCAUUCCCCAGGUGUCAUACAGUUCAUAUCAAAAUUCUUGAAAUAUAGUUUCAACGAACGAAUGACGGCAAAUCGGGCAUUGCAAGAUUCGAUUUUUGAUUCUGAUGAUUUCUCGAAAAUUCGAAUUGAAUUGGACAAACUAAAACGCGCAUCCCAAGUACCCGGUUGA